AGGAGGGAGCUCGUUCAAACUACCGCUCCCAGGGCCCGCCGCCACCGCCUCCUCCUCUCGCAACCCGCUGAAAGAUUUCCGCAGCGGCUAUGGCGGGGCGCAGCUGGGAGGGCACCGGGGGCUCCUGAAGGGCUGCCGCCCGCCCUCAGCCGCCUCUGAGGGGUCCCCGCCCGCCGCGGAGCAGCCCCCGGGGAGAAAGUUUUCCCUCGGCUCCUCCGCCAGGCCUCGGGGGGAGCAGCGUGAAGCCGCCCGGGGUGCCUCGGCAUGCUGCUCCCCACCGCCCUGGUGCGGGGCGGCGGGCAGCUGCGGGUCUCCCUGGGGAGAUGGCCGCCGGCGCCGUGCCUGAGAUGGCGGCGGCAGCCCCCCCUCAGCCCCUCUGCGCUGCUCCGGGGUGCCCAGGCGAGUGUAUGGACGCAGGCGGGAGGGCUGGGAGCUGAAAAGUCUGGCCAUGACAGCAAACAUGUGUCGGUGCGAAGGGAUCAAAAGGAUGAGGCUCUGCUGUCGGCGGCUCGGAAAGUGAAAGAAGCUGGAAGAGACUUUACCUAUUUUAUUGUGGUGCUUGUUGGAAUUGGUGUUACAGGUGGUUUGUUCUAUGUGAUCUUUAAAGAGUUAUUCUCUUCUUCUAGUCCAAGUAAGAUCUAUGGAGAUGCCUUGGAGAAAUGCAGAUCUCAUCCUGAGAUAGUUGGUGUCUUUGGUGAACCCAUUAAAGGUUAUGGGGAGGCAACGCGAAGAGGAAGACGACAGCUUGUCAGUCACGUUGAAUACAUAAAGGAUGGACUGAAACAUAUGCGUUUGAAGUUCUAUAUUGAGGGCUCUGAACCAGGAAAGCGGGGAACGGUCCAUGUGGAAGUCAAAGAGAAUCCUGAGGGAGGAAAACCUGAAGUCCGUUACAUAUUUGUGGACGUUGACACGUAUCCUAGAAGAACCAUUAUCAUUGAAGACAACAGAUAGCCGAUUUGGAGUUAAAUACAGGAAGUAACCUCUCAGGGCCUCUGUUAAAGUCUCUCAUAACAACAGAUCCAGAAUUUGUGGUGAAGCCAAUGAAAAAUAGUAGAGCCAUCACUUAUGGCAAGUACUUUUGAAAUAGGAAAAUAAUGGCUCAUAAUAAACUGUUUAAUGCUGGAUAAUUCUAUUUAACGCCUAAAAUCUGAGACUUUCAAGGUUUCAGGUUUAGGUGGGGAGUUUCUUGUCUUCCUUUGCUUGGAUUUCCCACUAGCACUGCAAUAAAGAAAGUGGUAUUUGAAAUGCAGACAAAUACUGUUUUCAUUCUGGAUGCGUUUGUAGAUAAUUUAUGUUAGUGUGUAAAGGAGAUCUAGCCCAAAUGCAUCUAAGAAUAUGAAUUUUGGAGACCCACACCCAUGACAAAUGACUAAACAUAAAGACUCCAAUAUUGGUAUCUUGUAAAUAAGUUAUCAGCACCUGUACUGUGUGCUCCUUUCAAGGUCUGCCACCCUGUUCCACUGAGUAAUGACAAGAGGUGCUCCGCACUGCCAACACUUUUUUCAUUAACAUAACUAAUCUACAUCUUCCAGGAAUUAGAUUCAUAUAAUUUUACCCAAAAUCAAAAGCUCAACUCAUGACCAAAUUUAUCUCUUGGGUUUCUUCAUUAGUGCCACAUGGCAGUUAUUAAGCAUAAUUCUGUGUAUUAAUGAGCCUCAAUUGUGUCUGUCAAGUGGCACCAUCUGAAAACUUCCAAGCUUUAGUGUCUUACGUUUAACCAUUUUCUUAAACACCAACUAAUGCAUUUUUCUGUGGUUAUCUAUAUAUAAUACGAGCUUUUUAGUUCACUAGUUGUUUAUCCCUAAAUUAAUAUACACUGAUGUUUAGCUUCAUUCAGUGGCACAUUUGGGUUGUUCUAAAGUUCAUACAGUAUUCCCUCAUACAAAUACCGCAGAGAGACAUUUAGUAAUACUUUACUGCCCUCCCAUUCAGUUUCCAGUAAUCUCAUCUGCUUAGCCCUAAUAACUACACGUAAUACUUUUUUAGACCUGGAUCGUUUUACUUUAUAUUAAGCGUUGCAACUUUAGCUUCAGUCAGAUCCUCAUAUUGUUUGAGAGUAUUCAAUGAAAAGGAAUCCCCCAUUUAUUCCAACUCUCUGAGUGUAAUAGAGAAGAAAAGCACGUUAUAGCAAAGCAGCUACCAAUGUCAAUCUAUGAUAAAGUGCAAGGUAUUUUGGAGUUUCUACAUUGUACAGAAUAUAACUGACUUCUGCUGUGCCAGCCAAAGGGAGUUUUACAAAACUAACAUCUGUUCAGACUGAUCAAAGUGAUUCCAUAUCUGUCAGUUUCAGCAGAGUGAUAAAUUUGCCUGAUUUUUUAUCUAUUAAUGGAUAAUAAAAGACCAAAGAGUCUUUUACUCAUAGUCAAAAGCUACAGAAGUGGUUCCCUACUGAAAGUAUGAGAAACCAUUCUGGUACUUGUUAAGAAGUAACUCCAACAAACUUUUAAUUUUCACCCACAGUUAUUGACAUCAUAAAUGUCAAUCUGGAAAGGUUUCUUUAAACAAUGAAAGCAACUAUUGCCCCCUUCAUGUUAUUUUUGUGAAAGUAAUAGUUAUUAAUACGUUUUAGUGUUGCUUAUGACUCUUCCUAAUUCUUAGCAUUGCACUUUACCAAAACCUAUAACCAAGUACAAAGAAAAAAAAAUGAAAAAUCAGAGGCCCUCUGUUUCAUUGCGUACUGCUGCAGUAGUGACUGAUAGCAUUGCAUGCCAUGUUUAAGUCCAGUUGCUGUAAACAUGUGUCACACAU